AAACCCAGGAGAAGAAGCCCCGUCCAUCACCUGCCGCUUUUUUCACCUGCGUGCGUCAAUCACGUCCCUUUUCCUGACACAACGCUUCUGCCUGAGUGGCUCAGCUGUCAUCCGGGGGCGGGCGCUCCCUGGCAGAUCCUGAAAUCCCAUUGGCUGGGAGGUUUCUUUGGUUGACGUGACGCAGCUUGGAAUUCCCAGAGUUCCCAAGUUCACAGGAGAAGAGCGUUGAUUUUUAGAAGUAAGCAGGAGGUUUUGGAAGAAAAAUCCGCUAGCGACUGGAGUAUAAACAGGAUAUUAUAAAGGUGAAUCUGUGUGGUGCUGUGCUAACCUGAGCCUGCAGAGGGCGAUGUCUGACAGCAGCAACAGCACAGGCAGCACUGGCUCCUCCACCAACAGCUGGACCCUCCUCUCUCCAGAGGAGGCUGCCAUUGAGAAUGUUGGGCCUGCAGACGACGGCACAGAGAGUCUGGGCGAUGCCCCCAGUCUCUCUGAGGAGGUGGCAGGAGCUGCAGCAGAGGAGAAAUCAGCUGAGCUCCCAGUAGAAACUAUCUUGUCUGAAGAAGGCCAUCAGGUGUGUCAGGAAACUUCCCCAGAGUCCGGCGAGGGUCCGAUCCCUUCCAGCCCGUCCCGACUGAGCCCUCCCCCGUCCAACCCUCUGGACGCCUCGUGCAUCGACACGGAGAGUCAGCCACCGGUCAUCCACGACAUCGUGACCACCUCUCCCAGCGACAACGAGCCUCAAGGCGCCAUGCCUUUGGUCGGCAGCAUCGAUCUGGCCGCUCAGCUGGACAUCCCGGCUGUUGACAUUCUGCUAGCGGACCCCGCCGUGCCUCCCCCUCACAUGACGGACGCCUCCGCCGAAGCUGCGCUCCACACGCCCGCUGAUUCUGAACCUGCGAGUGCGGUUGCCCGGAAUGACGUCUGGAGCUCUGAGCCUGAGGUCACCGUUCCCACGGAGACCCUUACAGCCGCUGAGCCCCCGCCUCUCGUCGAGGCUGAGGUCAGCUUUGCUGCAGAGCCUCCCAGUCCGGUCCCAGAGCGACCGAAGACCGGAGGAAGUCCUGACCCGGAGACGGUCAGCUCUGCCAAGGCGGAGGAAGACGUGGCUGAAGCUGAGAGAGAGGAAGAAAUGCCAUCCGAGUCACAGAACGUGGAUGAGGAAGAAGAGGAAGAUCAGUCCAGCAGCAUGGAGACGGGUGAAGUGAACGGCUUUGAUGACGGACUGAGGAGGAGGAAUGUUCCCUCCUUUGAAGCGCCAAGACCAAGAACCUCCGACGAGGAGGACGACGAAGAGGAGGUCGAGUUCAAGAUGGCGGAGAGAAAGGAGGACAAGCCGUGGUUCUCCAUGAACAAAUGCGUUGUGGCUGCUUUGGUCCUGCUCUUCUUAGGUUCCCUGUUUCUGUCAGGGGACAUUGACAGCCCUGAAUUGACUGUCGGAGACAAAGUCAAAGUCCAAAAGCAGGACUGUCCACAGAAAAUGAAAGGAAUGCUGGAUGAAAUAAAAGAGCAAAUCACUCAUCUGGAGACUCGCAUUCAGAUUAGGACAGAACAACUUGAUUUGGAGAUGCAGGCGUUGGCCGAGAGCGACGACGAACUGGACAGAGCUGGUGUGGAGGAGAAGAUGUUAAGUCUGAGGGAGGAGCUGGCGACCCUGCUGAAGCUGAGCAGAGAGCUGCAGAGUCUGCGGGCCCGAGUAAACAAAUUCAGCCAGUCCGCAGGAAAGGCGUCGUCUGCUCCCGCUUCAUCUUCCGAGUCUGAUGCCGAAGACGCUCCGAGCUCCCAGACUUCAACCGGACCAGAGAGGGAGCAGGACGAACAGCUGGAGGAAGAGCUCCACUGUCAGAAGGAUCUGUUGGAUGACAUCAAGAAACGCCUGGGGGGGAUGAAAAAGGACGCAGGGGAUGGGAAGCAAGUUUGGGAAAACCUAGACGGGAUCCAGGAGCAGCUUUCCAAACAUGUGGAGAGUUGGGAGAAGACGAAGCCGCACGGGCCAAAAUGGAAAGGGAAGAAAGAGAAAAAACAGGAGCGGGACCACUGGAAGAAAGAGGAGAGGAAGGACAAGGAGUGGAAGCACAGCAAGGAAGAGAAGAAGGAAAAGGAAAACUCUCACAAAGAGUCCUGGAGGAAACACCAGGACGAGUGGCAGAGGAGGAAGAGCGAGCGCAGGAUGGACCGGGAGGAGAGGAGGAAGGAGAAGCCGUGGCACAGCCGGCGGGGGGAAAACUCCCAUCAGCCCCGGCAGCCGCAUCAUCACCAUCAGCACCACCACAACGACUUCUGGAGGGACCAGGAGCUCAAGCUGCACCGCAAUGUCCGCCCCCAGCUGGGCUGCUCCUCGCUGGAGGACUGCGCCUCCAAGGAGGGCCUGUACCCGGUGGAGCUGGCCGAGUUCGAGGAGCUGCUGGAGGGCUACCUGAGCAAGCUGGAGGGCUCCCCCAGCGAGAGCAAGGACGAGCUCCGCAAGGUCACCGCCGACUUCUUCGAGGACGGCGUCUUCAUCCACGACCGCGUGCGCUUCGGGGACUUCGCCGAGGACGUGGCGGACGUCCUGGAAGACAUGGUGGACAUCAUGGAGGGCAGCGACUCCCUCGAGGAGGAGAUGGAGGAGUUUGAGCGGGAGGCGCUGUGGAAGUUUGCCGCCAUGGCUUAGAAGGAUUCAAAAGCAUUAAAACCCAAGAAGAACUGUUCUCGUGGUGGUUUUGUAGGACAUUUCCCUUCCUGCUCCUCCUCUUCUGAGCUGUAGUUGUCGUAGCUUUUGGUACGGACUCCUAAUUGUGUCCCUGAAAAGUCUCUAAUUAUAAGCUAGACUGUGUUUGUCAUUUUGGGCUUAGUUGUUACCUACCUCUGUCCCGGUCAUGGCUCCUGAUUCAGAGUAACCGUAAACUGUGUGACGUUUUUUUUUGUUUGUUUGUUUGUUUUUUUUUUUUGCUUUAAUCGGUGCAUGUUGCAGUGAUGUGAAUUUAAACCCAGACCAGACAGGAAGCGACAUGAAGUCGAUCAGUAUUACCCAGUAAAUCAUUCUUCCAGUUGGUUCUCCCGUCUGAAGAGGAGAUCCUGCUGCGUUGGGCGAUCGUUAUCAGAUCAGGUCCGACCGGUUUCUUUGCCGACAUCCUUUUUUUUUUUUUUUUUUUUUCACCAAGCAAACACAGAAAGAGAGAGCGAGAGAUUUGUUAUGAGCCUCCAGCAUUUUUUUGUUGUUGUUGUUGAAUCUGACUCACCUCUGAUCUGUUGACUCGAUUUCUGCUCCUGGAGAAAAAAAAAAAAGCAAUAGCAAAAGAGUCGAGACUUCUUAACCACUUUAGCACUUUUUCUCAAGCAUGUCGGACACAUUUCCCUCCACUGCUUUCUGUACCGCAUAAAGACACUCAGACCAGUCUGGGGUUAGAACAUGGCGAACUUCCUUCAGCUCAUCUGCUGAUGCAGCAGAAUUAGUUCUGCAGCCAAACCUGUAAUUUUCCCUCCUCUCGUUUUGUUCAGACGUUUGACUUGACUUGCAUGCAGGUGAUUUGGUAUGUUUUUUGCCAGAGUUUAGAUUAUAAAAGACAUGAAAGCAUUUGAUUUUCGCACAUCAGGUGAAGGUGGAAGGAAAAAAAAAAACCGCACAAAGUUCACAGCCUGAAACGUUCACAGUUUGUUCCUUUUCCUUUCGCCGGCGCUGAUGUUGAAGUUGGAGCCGUCGGGUCGGGAUUGUUCAGGAGAAGCUCUGGCGUGAUUAUUUAUUCUGUCACUACUGCUCCCGUCUCCUCCCCCCGUCGUCUGUAUGAAUCCGAGGAGCGACGGACUCGGACCCGGGCCGUUCACGCCGAAUGUUGAAGCGACCUUCGUGUACGUUGCGUACCAGCUGCUGCUUAACGUGCCUUUACCACAAUAUGAAGAACUCAGAUUGGACCAGAGUUUCUCCGAUUUCACUGGCUUCUGCUAGAAGAGGAAGGAGUUUCGGCGACUCUUAAUUCGCCCUGCUGCUCGCAAGGCACAGAGUGAAUGUUUGGGGAGUUUACUUGGGAGGUGGUUUAUUUCUGAAGACCUGCUUGACCAAAGGUGUUUGGAGGAGUCCUCGAAGCACAGAUCGAAGCGAGAGUUUAAUCGAUAUUUGAAAGUAUUUCUGCGUCCGCGGGGCGACGAUGGGGCUCAACGGAUGUGACUUCAUUUGACCCCUGGGCAAAUAUAAUUUCUAUCAUCAUCAGUUGUCUCCUGUUUUUAUGAAAUAAAAUGUUGAGUUCAAUACA